GUUUUAUUGGACAACCGAAGUUGCAUUUGAAUGACGUUUGAUGGACAAUUCAUUGUCCAUAAGUUGACAAAACCACAAAUGGAUAGUAGAGGUUAUGGAGAUGACGACUUAAUUAUCAAUGUAAAUAAAGAUGACCCUUUUAUAAUUCAGACAUAUGAAAAGUUGUGUUUUAGGAUUCAAUUUUAUCAUAAGAUGCUGACAACUCCCUUAACUGUUCCUGAUAAACUGCUACCCGACCCAUUGCCUGAUUAUUACGAAAAACCACAGUACACCCUAGUGUUUGAAAUGAUUGAUAUUCUAGUUCAUCCCGAGUGGAGCUAUAGUACAGGGUGGAAAUUCAAAAAGAGACCCAAUGUCGACUACUUUUUAGAAAAGGUGGGAAAAAACUUUGAAGUAGUCGUAUUUACAGCUGAAAAUGGCGAUAUUGCUCAUCCUAUAUUAAACGAGCUUGAUCCUUUGGGCUGGAUUUACUAUCGACUUUCACGUCAGUGUGCAGAUUUUAAAAAUGGCCAUCUUUUAAAAAAUGUAGACAAAAUAAACCGUAAUUUAAAAAAAGUGAUCGUUGUUGACUGGAAUAAAAAUUGGACAGCACUUCAACCCAACAACACUUUAAUAAUACCUAGAUGGAAUGGUGACGAAAACGAUAAUUCUCUCAUCGACCUUGCAGAUUUUUUAACAACGGAAUUCGUAAAUGACAUAGAAGACGUUCAAGGAGUUAUAAAAGAAUACAAACAAUAUGAUGACCCUGUUAAGUUCUUUCGAGAAAAACAACAAAGUUUAAAAGAAGAAAAAAAAGAAGAAAUUAUAGAUGUAGAAGAACAGGUAGAUAAUAAAAACGUAGAUAAUUCAUGGUUUUCGUGGUUUUCUUGGUUUAAUAAUAACGACAACCGCAACAAAAUAAUGGAGUCCUAUUAUUCUAAUAAAAUUGAGUUGUUGAAAAGACAAACCGAUUUAAAAGAAAGAGCUACAAAGGCAAAAGAAAAAAUGGCCAAAGCCUUAUGUUUGUUGGCCGGAUUAAAUGACUCUUCGGAAAGUGAAGAAGAAAUUGAUUCUACGGCAACCUGA